AUCUCAAGUAGGAAUUUGUUAGGUUUGAGUAUGAGAUCCGCGGAUUAAAUUAUGGACAGUGAAUUUCUACGUUCCGUAUCUUUACGCUCGAGUCGAAGAGGAGACCGAAAUAAUCUGAUCCAGAACACUAAAGAUGCUGAAGACUCGCCGCCAGAUUAUUCAACAAAAAUUAUUUGGAAGAAAGGGUUUAUCCGGUUGAUUCUUGUUGCUGGCAUCUUGUGGAUGUUACUCAUUAUCACAGUGUUAUUGUUUCACGUUUGGUCUUGCCAAUCAUCAUUAAGUGUUUUAUCAGCUAUUUGUAACAAAGAAAGUAAGGUAUUUGUCGUGCUGGAUACAAUGGGACUUGUACCAAAACCACAACAUCGCUGUUCCAUUCCUCUUGCGGAUGAUCCAGAGUCAGUAAUGAUUCCAAGGAGAAGAACUCCUGACAGAUUUGUUCAAAAUUUAUCUUAUAUUUUGGAGGAUGAUCCUGUUUAUAAUAUAUCACGACCACUAUUUGGAGGGCAUCAAAGCUGGAUACAGAGAGAAAAGAGUUUUAUGCUUAACUCCACUAUGAAGGUGCAUUGUGGUUUUAUGCGGAAGGGAGGUGCGGAGAUGGACACUGUGGAUGUUAAAUAUGUUAAGAAAUGUAGGUUUGUAGUUGCAUCGGGCAUUUUUGAUGGAUAUGAUGUGCCCCAUCAACCUUCAAAUAUAAGUCGCCGAUCCCAAAAGCUUUUUUGCUUUAUUAUGGUGGUGGAUGAGGAGUCUUUGGACUUCAUUCAGAAAAAUGUUACUGUAAGGGAGGAUAAUGCAGAGGGUAAGUGGGUAGGUAUCUGGCGCCUUGUGCUAUUACGCUAUCCACCGUAUGAUGAACCUAGAAGGAAUGGGAAGGUUCCCAAGAUACUAACACACAGGCUAUUUCCUCAAGCACAAUACAGUAUCUGGAUUGAUGGAAAAAUGGAACUUAUAGUCGAUCCAUUGCUUAUUCUGGAGAGGUAUUUAUGGCGUGGAAAGCACACAUUUGCGAUUUCACGCCACAAGCACCAUCAGAGUAUAUAUGAAGAGGCUGAUGCUAUAAAACGACGAAAGAGAUAUGCCCGACCUCUUAUUGAUCUGCACACGAAAAUAUACCGUUACGAGGGAAUGGAACCAUGGAGUUCAAAGAAAAGAACAGUUAGUGAUGUGCCAGAGGGAGCCAUUAUUAUACGGGAACACACUGCACUUAACAACCUGUUUAGCUGCCUUUGGUUCAACGAGGUCAACCUCUUCACUCCAAGAGACCAGCUGAGCUUUGGUUAUAUUGUGUACAGACUAGGAGAUGCAUUUGAUUUCUUUAUGUUUCCAAACUGUGAGUACAACUCGAUAUUUGUGUUGCAUCCACAUAAUCGAGAGCAUUCUUCUGUCAUAGAGUGGGUGAAGGAUCUGAAGGAACUAAAGGGUAAAGGUAGUGGAAUGAAGGAGAGUAGGGGGGGUUUAGGUUUGUGGACACCUUAUCCUGGGAACCUUGACAUGGUAGUCCUCCCACCUGUAGCAAGAACAUCAAAGGCUGGCUGAGGUUAACAUAUCCUAAUGCACUGCCUUGUUCAUUUUUGCU